AUGGCCUCCCGUAGCAGCACCAACCGUACGGUGAGACGCCAAGCAAGCUUCGCUUCAGAUGACUCGGCCGGGGCUGCUGCAUCCACAGCUUCCUUUAGACGCCGUCGGGAUGAAACCCUUCGAAAAAAUGCGGAAAAGGAAGUCACGAAGGCCUCUCGUCCUUCGACUUCAACGUCUAAAAAGCCUCGCCCUCCAACUCGCAAUCUUAGUACCACCUCAAAAAGCACCACGAGCACACGUAAUCCUCCAUCGUCAAUCACAUCUACCUCUGAGCAGAAGAAGCCGCUGCAACCUUCAUCUCCAGUAUCCCCACCAGCACCUACACCAGUGCGAGGUACAGUUUCCAGUAUGAACCCGGAGCCAGCAGUCGCCCUCCAUGCAUCUGCAAAAGUCUUUGAAGCUGCCGCGUACAUGGCCGCAAAACGGCAGGACGCUGUACUCAUUGUGGAUGGGGAAGGACACCUCGCCGGUAUCUUGACCGACAAGGAUCUGGCCUAUCGUGUUGUGGCUGACAAUUUGGAUCCAAAGACAACAACCGUGUCCCAAGCCAUGACUGCUAACCCUGUGAGUGUCACAACCACCAGCAAUGCCACUGAAGCGCUAAAUAAGAUGGUCGCGGGCCAAUUCCGCCAUCUACCUGUGGUGGAAAGUGAUGAUGAACUGAGUGAUGAUAGCGGUGGAGACCGCCAUAUUUCUCCUGCAGAAGCGGUGAAAAGGACAUCUACCAGCUCGGUAGAAGCCAGUACACCACGAUCCCCGUCUGGUUCUGGCGUGGGUUCCGGUGGGGUAGUUGGAGUGUUGGACAUUACCAAAUGUCUUUAUGAAGCAUUGGAGAAGCUAGACCGUGCAUAUGAAUCGUCGCGAAGGCUGAAUGAAGCAUUAGAGGGAGUAGAGAGGGAGUGGUCUAUCCGGAGUGGUUCCAUCGGUCGUUAUGCUGAAGCUCUUCGUGACCAACUUGCUUGCCCUGAUCUGGCAGGGCUGCUUGCCAGUCAAAGUGCGAGCCCCCCGGUCGUCGGUUUGCGUGCUACUGUUCUCGAUGCUGCAAGGAUGAUGCGGGAAAGCCGGGAAACCGCGGUUCUUGUGUUCGAUUCAGAUCGUCAAGGCCACGCCGGUGAUCUGGGCAGCUUGGCGGGAAUCUUCACCAGCAAGGAUCUCGUCCUCCGUGUUCUGGCUGCUGGAUUAGACCCAGCAGCUACAAUGGUCGUCCGAGUAAUGACACCGCACCCAGAUUGCGUAACCCCCGAUACCCCUGUUGUGGACGCACUCCGAAAGAUGCAUGCGGGCCGUUAUCUUCACCUGCCGGUUGUCGACAACGUUGGAGUGGUAGAAGGGAUGGUGGAUGUUCUCAAGCUCACCUACACAACGCUGACGCAAAUGACUAACAUACAAGGAGAGCCCGGUGAAGGGCCCGUUUGGAACAGAUUCUGGGAUUCCACGUUAAGUCCACCAGAGAUUUAUGACAUCAAUGAAAGCGGGAGUGCCAGUGCUUCUCAUAGCGACCAUCUAUCCAAUUUCUCACGGAAGCAUGACGAGCCCUUCCCGGACGAUAGUACUGUUGCGCCAGACGAUUCUGCAAGCAUGUUUCCUGCCCGUACCAACGGUCUCCUCUCCCAGAGAGGUAUAGAGGGAAAUGGAUCAAAUAAUUCUGGGUCUGGGAUAGGAACUGGAUUCGGGACAGCUCUGAGCGAGGGAUUGUACGUCUUCAAGCUCCGGGACUCCCGAACUGGUCAUAUGCACCGCUUCACAUCCCCAUUCCACAGCAUAGAGGUUCUUCAGGCUUCCGUGGCUGCGAAGCUGUCGCUCCCACCAGCUGCAGCCGAGUCACUGCAGUUGUCUUUCAUAGACGAUGAGGGGGAUUGCGUGCAUUUAGGUACCGAUAAAGAUAUCUUGGAUGCUGUGCUGAUGGCACGAGCGGGCGGUUGGGGACGGUUAGUGCUGUGCAUUACCGGAGAACGUCAUCGCAGAGAGGUUGAAGCAUUAAAUAGAGUAGCAAACAAGGUAUUUGGACAGGAAGGGAGCGGACGGCAACAACCGCGUGGAGGGGAUGUGGGGUACCUGACCCCAAUGUUGAUGGGAGGCGGCGUAGCAUUGGCGUGCGCCUUCUUACUGGGUAAAGCAUUUAAAUAG